UUGGUGGAACCAAACAGGUCCAAUAUCAAAAAGUUGCUUUAUAAUCGUUCCAAUAACCUUUUUACCUACGCACACAGGCUCACGAUCACAUGAUUUUUCCAACGGACAAGCACGUGCACGUUAUAUUAGCACGGUAUACUUCCACGCGAGAAAUUCAUUUGCUGUAGCCUGUAGCAGUAGUACCAUCGACGCACAUGGCCCUCUCGCCAAGUUCACAGGCCUAGCUCCCUUUCUGCAAACAAAGGACCGACCCCACUCGUCAGAAGCAGAGUUACCCAGCGAUCCAGAUGGCAACGGUCAAGUGUGCCCGCCAAUGCCAAAGCGAUCCCAACGGUUACUUUCGCAGCGAACUGCUCCCUUCUAUUCUCCCCUUCCCACAUUCGCGCUCACAUCCUCCUCUGUUUCCACACCCACUACUGUCCCACUCCCAAAGUCGAGAGGCCUCCCCACAAGUGAUCGGCAUGAGUAGCACAGCCGAGGAAAACGCCGGAGCCGGCGGCGGCGGCGCGGCGCGCGUGGUGGUAGUCGAGCGUGUGGUGACGGUGGAGUACCUGGAGGCGUCCAUGUCGCGGGAGCUGCUGGGCAAGUUCCCGGACCCCUCCGCGUUCGACUUCGACUACUCCCAGAGCGGCAUCUGGUCCCCACUCAACAAGGUCCCGCGCGGCGGCGCGUGCUGCGAGGCCGAGGCGGCCAACUCCUCGACCGACUUCCUCAUCGCCAACCCGAAGCGCAGGGCGCGGGCCGGCGGCUGGCUCAAGGACUCGGCCGGCGGCAGCGGGAAGUCGAGGUGGAGGCGCAGGCGGCUGCGGCGAGAUGGGUCCUUCCUCGACCUCCACGACACGGGCGGCAGGGCCAGGCUCGACUUCUCGCCGCCGGCGCCUUCCCCCGCGAAGGAGGGGUGGAGGCGGGUGCUCAAGGCGGCCAUCAGGAAGUUCAAGGCGCGGCAGCGGCGGUCCCGGCAGGCUCCCCUGCUCCAGAUGGUCCUCCCCAUGCUGUGAUCGAUCGAUCUCGCGCGCUCACACGAAUUGCUUGUUUUUUUUUUUGGUUUUAUUACUUUGUUCUGUCACAGUUCUUUGGAUUGGAUCCAGAGGCUAGUCCAUGGCCCUGCUUUGUACUAUACUUGAGUUCAAAUCUGUUGCAAGUUGUAACCGUGUAAUGCUCUUGCCGGAGAGAAAUAUAUUGUGGUAUAUCUUUUCAUUCAA